UCUUCUCUCUGCUAUAAAAGCUGGAUCUGUCCGGGAUGGUCUUCAGAGCGGAAAAAAAGCAUUUGAAGAAAAAGUUUGAACAAUGGAGUUUUGCACAUUAGCGCUGCUCGCACUGUUUUCCUCUUUGUACAGCGCCUUGGCCCUGGCACCUAAAGGCGUGUGCCUUCUUCAAGUGGACGAGGGACCUUGCAGAGGAGAUAUUGAGCGCUAUUACUACAACACUAUCACCCAGAAGUGCGAGAUUUUCUACUAUGGAGGCUGCCAGGGGAAUGCCAAUAACUUCAAGAGCUUUCAGGAGUGCCAGAAAACCUGUUUCAGAAUCCCAAAGAUCCCCCAAAUCUGCAGGUUUCCUAAAGAGGAGGGACCGUGCCGUGCCCUCUUCCACAUGUACUUCUUCAACAUGACCACCAUGCAGUGUGAGCCCUUCUCUUAUGGAGGCUGCAUGGGCAAUUCUAACCGAUUCCAAGACCUCACAUCCUGCAUGGAGUACUGCAGUCCACGGAAAACUAUUCCCGUGCUCUGUCUGGACCAACUGGACAAAGGGAAGUGUUCAGCCUCCAUUCCUCGUUAUUACUACAACACAGCCACCAAAAUGUGUGAGGAGUUCAUCUACUCGGGCUGCGGAGGGACCAGCAACAACUUCGUCUCCCGGCAGAACUGCAUGGACGUGUGUGUAAAAGCUGCCAAAAAACACCCAAUCCAAAGCAAAGGUCGUCGCAGGAGGAGGAGAAGAAAUAAUCUCAUCACAUUCUUGCAGGCGUAGACAGCUGACACAGGGUCUCAGGGAUCUCACUUCGACAAAGCCUUCUUGGAAGCUAUCAUUCAAUAAACUGACACGCUGUUUUUUUGCCAAAGCGUUAAGCAGAUUUUUGUCUUGGUUGUUGUCACAGAAAGAGUUACUGGCACAUACAAAAAGUUACACUGUAUUCAUACGUAAUGCUCUAUGAGCAGUUCAAAAUGUGAGUUACCUUUAUGUUUUUUUGACAAAGUUUUUACUACUGCACUAAUGUUCCUGUGAUUGUGUGUUUUUUAUAUAAUGUGUGUGUUUUGUAUAAGAAAAAUGUUAUGAAAGUGAAACUUUUUUAAUUGCUCUGCUGAACAUAAGAACAUUUGUAUAAAAACUGAAGAAUAAAAUAUAUCUAUUACACUU